UCUGCAUUGCUGUACCAAUCAAUCCUUGCCACUUGGCUGCUUUUGAUUGGUGUGCUGAUGGCUAUAAGAGGGCUGGGAGAGGGAAGGAGGUGGAAGAAGAAGCUUGUUCAAGGUUCCUGAAUAAACUGCUUGAAGAAGAGUUCGGGUUGUGUCUUCCUUGCUGGUCGAGGGACGCGACAACUGGUGGCCCGUACGGGGACCAUCUCGAACGCGAACUCAGAACUUCCUGCAGUCAGGGCAGCGCUGGAUCAACAUGACCCGGUGUGGGUUCCGGAGCGAGCGGUCAGGCGGGUCUGCCAUGAGGAGAAUCCUGCCGUUGCUUCUGAUACUUCUGCCUCAAAUGCAACGGACACUGGCGGAGCAGAGAUGGGGGAUUCUAUCAGUAUUCCCAAAGCCGAUGCCCGUGAUGUAUAACGCUCAAGUGUUCCCUCGCUUUUUUGUCACCAAUCUUACCUUGGGAGUCCCUUACUUGCCCAUGGAUACAGAUUCUCAAUAUGCACCUGCAGGAAAUUACACCUUAGAAGGCAGUUUAUGUUUUUUGAUUAGUAAUAAUAUUGCUUAUGAAAAUAGCUCUUGCAUAAAAUUGUAUAAUCAAUCUGCAGCCUGGGUAGAUUUUCCAACAACCCUUGGAUUGGCCAAUGCUUCCUGGAUAUCAGGAUGGUGGCCUGCCAUGGAGAAGAAGGACAAUGGGUCUACCAUUCCUUCUCAGGCACGAUGGGCCCCUCAUUGCUAUGGCAAUCGUGGGGAUGGUAUCUUGCUGUGGACGGGAUGUCAAGGGCCCAAUAACAUUUGGGCAAAGAAAGGAUACUUUACAUUUUCUCCCCGGAUAAGUACAUUUUUUAAUGAAAUGUUUGCAGGAUACAAUUGGACAUAUUAGAGUGUACAAAUAAUUCAUGCAAUUAUACCUUUUGCUGGAAUGCAACCACUUCUUCUUUGGCUGUGCUUAUGAGACUUCCCAGGUACAUUCCAAUUCCUGUUGAAGCACCCAAUAGCAUGGCUUUAUUUAGGACCAGGAGAGAUUUUGGAGUUACUGCAGCCAUUAUAACCGCCAUUUCCAUUGCAGCUGUGGGCGCUACAACAGAUGCUAUAGCGCUCACAGGGACAGUUCAAGCUGCUAAUACCCUGAAUAAUUUAACAGCCUCUGUGGCUGCUGCUUUGGAUACUCAGACAUCUUUAAAUGCACAUAUAAAGGGAGGCUUGAUGAUUGUUAAUCAAUGUGUGGAUUUGGUACAGGAGCAGGUGGAUACUCUCUGGCAGCUUGCUCAGCUAGGAUGUGAGUGGAAAUUUUCAGGGUUGUGUGUGACCUCUGUUCAGUAUGAUAACAUGACUCAGGCAGCAAACUACUCUAAACAGUUGUCUCAGAUGCUCUUGCAGAAUUGGUCCGCGGAAUUUGACUACACCUUGAAGCAACUGCGCCUUGCCGUGGUCACCAUCAACUCCAUGCGUGUGGAUGUCUCCUUCGCAUCUGGAUUGUCAUCCUGGAUCCGCACAGCCAUCUCCAGCCUGAAGGAGUGGGCGGGACUUGGAGCUUUGACGGGGUUGCUGUUACUUGUUGUGUUAUUUUGCCUGUGGUGUUUGUGCAGGAUGAGGAAAGCUCAUCGGUGGGAAUUGGCCAUGAUAGCUCAAGCCUUUUAUGCCCUUGAGGCUGGACAAUCACCACAAGUAUGGCUGGCCUUCCUUGAAUGCUAGGCAUGGGUGCAGGGUGCGAGGCAAAGCACUGCAGAGGGAACGAGCCAUUACGUUCUCUGGAAGGCAAGUCUGUCUGCAUGUGGGUUGGCAUCCCAGAUCCCACCCCUGCAAAAAGGAUGCUGUUCCAGGUGGAUGCCUGGCAGUGGGGGACAGACCCCUACCUACUCCUGUAAUCCUUAGAUGCCUGGUUCUAAAACAAAAAGGGGGAACUGUGGGGAGCCAUUGCACCGCACCCUAAAGAUGGCGCUGGCUCCUUUCUCCCGGAAGGACUGGCAAGAAACAAACAACUCCUAAUAAGGAGAUGGCUGAGCUCCCUUCUGGCUUCCGCAUUGCUGUACCAAUCAAUCCUUGCCACUUGGCUGCUUUUGAUUGGUGUGCUGAUAGCUAUAAGAGGGAUGGGAGAGGGAAGGAGGUGGAAGAAGCUUGUUCAAGGUUCCUGAAUAAACUGCUUGAAGAAGA